AAUUUUGUGCCUGAGACCGUGCAACGUCCAGUGUCAGCGGCCAACGUCAUUCAUCGUCAACAGCAGGAACAGAACUCCCAGGGUUCAAGUCAGGCUCUCAGUGAAGUGAAUGGUAACAACAGAACUCGCGCGUCUGACAAAGAACACAGGGAACACCUCGACGGGCAGAAGCUAGCUGCAGUGCAAUCCGAUUCCGAAGCGCGAUUCAGCACUCGGAUAAGCGCAGCCUCUGCAGGACGGCAAGGGCAGGUCAUAGCCUCCACUGAACGCAAUCUUGCGGAAGUGACUGCUGUAUUCUUGGCCGCAGUACCCGCCUGGAAACACCUGACAACAUGGAGUCCGCAAGCGCUGGUUCGACCCCAAUAUCGGCGAAAGAACGGCUCAGGCUGAUCCGGGAGCGCCACCUAGGACAAACGCCUGAGCGCACUUCAGCCGAAAGAGGCGAGAUUGCACCAGAAGAGCGUCAGGGCACUGCGCCUCCUUUACUGGAAGAUAGCAACAAUCUCGCAGCCUUGCAGAACAGCAUAGCAGAGAAACCCGAGCCCGUCGGUAUUCUAUCACCAAGUCUUGCUUUCGAGACAGCUGAACUACUCCCGAAAGAUAUCCUAGCUCUGGACCAGAAUGGACAGGAGUCCCUGAUGCCAGCUAUGGAUCUGGACCCUGUCACCACAUUUGUACAGCGUCCGUUACAGCCGCCUGAAGCGCCAGAGCGGUCGCUCGGUUUUGAGCGGUCUAUGGCUCCCCAACAGACUGAACCCCACGAGAUCAGCAACCAGUCUCUACAACCACUACCAGAUAUUCAGAAUGUGGCACUGUCUGACCUCGCGCUGGUUCCCGAAGCAGCACCUACCACUCUUGACCCGACCACACUGACUUUGUCAAUCGAGGGCGACUUGGACGGCAGUCCGUCAGUGGCUACUGACGAUGCCGGGCCGUUGCCUCUAUCGCAUGAGACGCCCUUCGGGCCGCUCGACUCAUCGAGAGACGAGACUGGGCCAGAGGCAGACGACGAUUAUCCUCGAGAUAUUCUAUUAGAGAUUCCUACCGCACCACAUGAAUAUGUCGUGACGCUUCCUUUCUUCAGUAGCACUCGACCUCAGUAUAACGACAUCAUACGAGACCAUGAACAAGCGAUCCAGCAAUACACCACCUGUUUCUCAGUAACACCACAUCAACAGCCAAACAUUGGCCUGAUAGCAAAGAUUGAUCAUAUGUUCUCGCGCCUGUUCGACAUAUGUGACUAUCCGCCCUUCCUCGACACAUUACCGUCGAUGACUGCAGAAGAAAUCACAAAACACGUGGUCGGAACGAACCCGAAGAUGUGCUUCAUAUACGAGCUACUCCUGGCGCUGAAGGAAGCGGGAGUGGGCAAGAAUGUUGUCAUCCUGGCCCGGCCAGGACAGAUCACUGAUAUGCUCACGUCUGUCGCUCAAGCUGGCGGUCACAAUCUGGUCUCCGAUGGGCGAUGGCCGCGAACUGCAGACGAGGCCAGUAGCUCGAUCAACAUCGCCAUCUUGACUACUGACGGCGACCUCUCUGCUUUUUCUGCCAAGCCAGACGUAUACAUCGUCUAUGACCACACGUUCGACCAUGGUCUGAUUGCGACCCAGGCUGCCGAUUCACCCCUAGUGCUGGUGCUCACACUGGUCGCGUCCAUCCAGCAUCUCAACAUGCGGGUAUCAGAAAAGAUGGAGCCGCUGGAGCGCAAGAACUUUCUCGUGCUCGCCAUGGCCAAGGCGAUGCGUUAUAUCGAGGAGCCGGACUACCUGCCUGGUAUCGACAAGCCGCACGAGGUAGCCUACGAGUUUGCACAGCAUCUUCAAAAUUCCGAGUAUGAUGACUUCCACUACGAAGGCCAAGAGAUUCCGGAUGAUGUAUUCCAGGAUCUUCGUCAAGUUUCCGGCUCCCAGGCGCUUGACACACAGCAGGCAGCCGAUUCUGGAGACGCGACUCCAGCUCGACAGAGUCUGAAGCGGACGAAUAAUGAUUAUGACGAUCUUGCUUCCAAGCGUGUACGGUUAUCACAGCCUCCUCUGACUGGUCUGAUGAACCACAUCAGCGAGCCUCUCCGAGAGCUGCUUGGAGAUGACCCUACACUUGACAUUAGCGAUGACUCCAAGGUGAUCAGUGUCUCUGUCGACCGACUCGAGACCUUGUCCGAGAUGAUCAUCCAACUUCAGGAUGAACUGCGCGAAAGCAGGCAACGUCAAGAGGAUUUCCGCAAGCUCAGCGACCGCUCAAAGAGCGAGGUCGACGGCUACAUAAGCUCCAUCAAGACGAUUCAAACCAGGUACAUGGAAGCCCUGAAGGAUCGAGGCACUUACGAAGCCGAGUGCAAGAAAGCCCAGCAGGAAGCCGAGAAACUUCGCUCGAGCCUGGAGAACAGCCGGCAGGAAGCCAGCGUGUGGCGCGAGAAGAACCACGAGCUCACCGAGAAGCUCAAGGAAGCUAACAGGUCUCUCGAGACUGGCGAGAACCCAGACCUGGCGCGGGUGUCGCGCCUCGAGCUGGAGAUCACCGAGGCCCGCGAGGCCGUGGCCAAAGCAGAGCGCCGCGCCACCUCGGCCAAUGAAACGGCAGAGUACUCCAAGGACGUGUACCAGGAAGCCUCCCGCACGGUUCUCGAGCUGCGCAGCGAGAACGCCAGCCUCACCCAGCGCCUGGCCGAGCUCGAAGGGCGAGCCAGCGAUAACGUCGUCGCGGUCAACCAGAUCCAGGCGCAGAGCGAGGCCAAGACGCUGUUGCGCAUGGUUGACGAGCAGAAGAGCAUCGUGCGCGACCGCGAGAUCGAGCUGGGCCGCUUGCGCGAGGAGCUGCGCGUCAAGAACGGCCGCCGGGAGACGAGGCAGUCCAGCGUACCCCGGAGCCCGCGGAUCUUGCCUGGCCAGGGCGGAGCCGGCAGCAACAAUGGUGGUGGUGGUGGUGGUUUUGGAGGGGCAGCCAGCAGCGUGCUCAUGAGUCCCGCGCGCGGCCAUAGCCGGGCUUCUGGGAGCGGCGGCAUCACGGGGGCGAGCGCGAGUAGUCGCGGCACGAGCCCUGUACCGCCGCCCAUGGGUGUCUUCGAUAGUUCUGGGCUCUCAGCGGCCACGGGGAACAACGGCGGGCCGCUCUUCAAUCAGGUCACCGGUGGAGGAAGGUUUGCUCAUCUGCGAGAGUAGUCUCAGCGGCGGUAGUGGUGGUCCCGGAGUUGACUUUGAUUUUUCCGAUACGGCAGCGGCGGCGGCAGUAGCGAGUCGAA